AUGCGUUUAUAUUCUUUGGCAUUUUUUACAUUGCCUUUAUGUUCUUUCAUAAUAAUUUUGUACUAUUGCUAUUGUAUUUUGUCAAUUUAUCAAGAAGUUCAAGACUUGGGAUUCAAUGUGGAGAGAACAGUUUCAGAAUUUAGGGUGAGUAAGUAAAUGACUGAAAAAAGGAAUUUAUUAAAGGUCAGAAAACUUUAAAAUUAAAUUAUAAAACUGAUGUGAAUACGAGUUUUGAAAUAAAGGUGAGAUUUCAUAAUUGAAAUUGAGCACUCAUCAAGAUCGUAUGAUAUAUUCUAGAAAUGUUUUUCGGUACUAUUGACUUUUAAUAAAAUUUUCAGAGAAUUAUUAAAGCUAACAAUGAGAGAAAAUCUUGAAAACGAAUAGAAUACUGCAAGUUUUAAAAUAUAUUCCGAAAAUGUUUUUGCUCUAAAAAUAAACUAGCUUCUAGAUCGCUACAAAUAUAGCUUGGGAUGAUUUGAUGGCUAUCAACGAAAAACUGGAAACAACCACUCGUUUUAAAAGAAAUGUCGAAAACUCUUCAAAAAAAGCCUAUCUUUAUUGAUAGGAUAAUACGUGACCCAUUCUCUGAACUUUUACCGAAAUGGUGUCAGUGCGAAGUGAUAAAACCACAAUGUCCUCCUGGUCCAAGAGGAGAACCUGGGAAAAAUGGAGCGCCUGGAAAGAAAGGAAAUCGUGGAGCGCCAGGAAAAGAUAAUCACUUUACGUAUAAUGUUCAGAAAUGUGAAUAUGUGAAGAGAGGAUGUAUCAAAUGUCCUAAGGGCCCUCCAGGUGAUGAUGGUCCGAACGGUCCUCGUGGAUCAAAGGGGCCUCCAGGUCAACAAGGUUAGUAUUUUCUUAAAUUUAAAAUUACAUCAAAAAAUAUAUUUUAGGAUUACCUGGAGCAAUUGGAUUAUACAUGUUACGUGUUGGACCACCAGGGCCACCAGGUAAUAAAGGACUUCCUGGACUACCUGGUGAUCCAGGAAUUCCGGGAAAACCUGGCCGAGAUGGUUAUAGAUAUAUCAAAUUGAAAGCUAAACCAGGUCUAAGAGGUAACAUUGGACCUAUUGGUUCCCCGGGUAUACGUGGAAUACGUGGAAAAGAUGGGUUGCCUGGAGCUAUGGGACCAUCUGGAAGAAAAGGGAAGAAUGGAGAGAGAGGAAGAGAUGGAGAUCGAGGAAGAAGAGGAAGAAUUGGACCACCCGGAGAUGAUAAAAAUUAUUGUGGAUGUCCACAAAGAUCAUUUUUAAGCUUUGAUUGA